CCUACUAAAGUUAUACAGAGUGUCCCACAACGAUUGUACAAUAUUUACAUAACCGUAUGUGUACAUAACUGUAGCGCGCAAUUCGUUGAAAAUGCAUAAGAUGACGUUAUUAUGAGAGGGUUAUGUUUAUUAGGCUUCUUUUUGUCUAUUUUCGAUCAGAGAAUACGCUGGUGAAGUAUUGUGUAUUCGUUUUGGGACACCUGUAUACCACUGUAUAGACUGGAAAAUUUCCUAUGGAUAUCUAUAUGGUCUCGGAGUUUUGUUCAUAUCAUAUAAGGAAGUUAUAACGACAUAAACAAAAUUUCAAAAAGUAAAUGCAAUGGAAUCAAAAUAAGUAGGGUGUUGUUUACUUUUUGACGCGCACUGUAUAGAAACCUUAUUAUAAUAGGAAAAAACCAUUUUGUAGAAAAAAUCAGAUUACUCUUAAUCUACAUGUAAGUAUCUUAUUUCUAAAUGCCACAAAAAUAAACUUUUUAAAUAAAUAAAAUUGAUUUCUUAACGUUUAUCGACCAGGUAUUCUAAAUUAAGUUUGAACGAUAAGAAGUUCAAAAUUAACUUUUCAAGUGUCUUUAAAACGAAGCUCAACUCAAUUUGUACAAAGUUAAAAUGUGGAAGACAUGCGUGCUUGUGUUAACGUUAAUUUUUACAAUUUGGGUCUUAUUUGAAUGCAUUUUUUAUAUUCGAAAUAACCACCUUUAUCAUAAAACCCCGAAUACCCAAAGAAACCAAGAAAUUGAUGAAAAAUUAAAAAUAAAUCACCACGUCCCCAAAUUUAUGCUAGAACUUUACGAUCAAAUUCAAUUAAAUCCGAAUGUUACCCCGCCGGAUAUAGUUAGAAGUAUCACACCAAUUAAUCAAGGUUUUAAUAUAUUUGGGGCUCCGAACAAAGAAAAUUAUCAUUUUUUAUUGUUUGAAAUUCCGAAAAGUGGGGUUGACGAAGUUUUUAUAAAAGCAGAUUUAAAAAUAUUAACAAUAAUAGAAGAAAAUGUUAUCGACGAAUUACACCAUUUAAUAAUAAUUUCAUCGUACGAUGAAUUAAAGAGAGAUUUAAUUCCGAUCGAAACAAAAAACAUCGUUCAUAUUAAUAACACAUGGUUAACGUUUAACAUCACCAAUCAAGUUAAAAAAAUAAUCAACAAAAAUUUGAUUUAUCUAAAAUUAGUGAUAUCAGUCCGAGGAAAAUUAAAAUUGUCUUUAUUACCGUUGGAAGAAGGCAACCACGAACAUGAUUAUCCAAUAUUAUUGCUUACUUAUACAUCAAAAAAGAAUAUUGUUUUAAAUAAAAAUAGGAUUAAAAGGAACAUUGCUGCAGGGGAAAUUUUAGAAAAAAAAUAUAAAAAUUCGUGCAAAAAACGAUCGUUAUACGUAAACUUUUCAGAUAUUUACUACGACACUUGGAUUAUUCAACCACGUGGCUACGAAGCGUUUCAAUGUCAAGGAAAAUGCUUUUAUCCCAUCGCCCAUCAUUUAACACCAACCAAACACGCCGUUAUACAAUCGUUAAUGCACAAUUUACAUCCGAGGGAAGUUUCAAAAAUAUGUUGUGUUCCUGUCAAAAUGGGGUCGAUUUCAAUUUUGUACGUUGAGAAUGGUAUUUUAACUUAUAGGUACGCUUAUAACGAUAUGGUCGUUUUAGAAUGUGGCUGUAGGUAAUUUUCAUUUUUUGAAAGCGUUUACAUUCACUUUUGUUACUCACUCUGUUUUUGCUCGCUUUAAUGUGUACUGUUGGAAUCAUAAAUUAAAUAAACCUGUAUUUUAUGUAUAA